AUGAGCUUUAGUCAUGAACUCGGUAACACGCUAUUUUAUCUUUUGAUGGCAUCUUUUGCCCUUUCAGUAGUCCAUGCAGUUCAAACAGGUAAUGGCUUCGAGCCAGUCGCUGCCGACACGAUUUACACGGACAUGCAAUUGGAGCCUUUUUUGAAAGAAAACUACGACGCUUUGAACGGUACCGACAAAGUUGUGGUCAACACCACGACUGGUCUGGUCCUUGCUGGAUUCGUAAUCAAAAGCCCACACGGUCAGGAGGGAAUACUCGCAAAAGAUACAGAUAUUCUGGCAUGGUGGAACCAGUACCAGGUGGCUAAGCGCGGUCAUUGGUGGUCGCCUUGGUCUCCUGCUUCUUGUUGUGUAUGGAACGGUAUAGGGAAACCCACGAGUUACAGUAUGAGUUAUACGUCGUUCAGCUCCUGGUCUUUCAAAGCAGGUUUCUCUGCGAGUUGGAACUUGGUUCAACGGGCAUUGGAGAUGUCCAUACAUUAUCCUGUAACUGAGUCGUACAACAGAACGGGCACGCAGACUUGCGAAUUGAAUGGCGUAGGGCCAGUGCAGGUUUGGUAUCGCCAGCAUAUGGUAUGGGCUGAUAUGCAGAAGCAGUUCUGCAUUGUGGGGACUAGUCCUUCGUUACAUUGCGGGUCGUGGAGCGCUUAUUAUAGAGUAGACACACCGAUCUCGGGUAUCUACGAAGUCAAAUGCAACGUAGGUGAAGAUAAAACUAAGUGCGAGGCUCCUGGUUUGCCCUGCUUCUAUCGUACCUAA